CAAAACCGAAAUAUUUACUAAAUUAGCGAAAUGUCGCAACCACGCCAGAACCAUACAAAGCAACGUGUUAACGUCAACAGGCGUCUGCACAAGAGUGGGCAGAGAUACGCAUUUCCCAGAUUCGGUAUCCCGGAAUGCUUCGGGUUCUUCAGCGUCAACGCCCAGCAGGAGUUUGAGGAUAAUGCAAAUGGUGCCAGCUACCUGUGCAUGCCACCCGCGGACUCCUUUCCCAUGGAUCUAAAGGCCGGCUAUGAGCGUGUCAUACGCAAGAAAAAACAAUCGGGAGUUAAAGACCUGGAAAACCUGCUGAAGUACAUUUACAACCAUCAGCAGCUGCUGACACUGUCCCAAUCCUCUAAGUCGCUCUCAUUGCGCGCCGACUUUGUCUGUUGUCGCGGCGUGCUGCGUAUGCUCUUGUGCAUGCCGUACGAGACGCGGGAUGCGUUUUACGUGCGUGCCACCAGGCUUAAUGGCACCAUUUACAUUGCCAAAGUGGAGACCGAACAGCAGCGUCAGGAGGAUCUAAACAUGACUGAGCAUGCCAAGGCCAUGUGCUCGUGGGGCUUCAAGUUCGAGCAGUACAUGCUGUCGACAGCGCCCAACACUCUCCCCGACACAAGUCUCCCCGUGAACGAGGCCGAGGAGUUUAGUGCAAUGUUUCGCUGCUCCCUGAACGGCAUUCGUUUGAUGUAUGGCGCCGAAAUGGAUGGCAUCGUAAGCAAGGAACCCGUCAAUCUUAACGAUCCGCAUGAACUCAGGAAUCUACAGUUUGUGGAGCUGAAGACGGGACCCUUCCAGCCCAAUGACAAGCAGAAUCGUUCAUUUGAUUAUUGUAAAUCGCGCAACUGGUGGAGUCAAUCAUUUCUGGUUGGCAUCAACACCAUUAUGGUCGGAUUGCGCGACAAUGACGGCCUGUGCCAUGACAUUGACAAGCGCGAUGUCUCACAGCUGGCACGCAACAAGCCCUGGAGCCCAGCGGCCAUGUUCGUGUUCCUAGACAAAUUGCUCCAAGAGCUAAAGAAAACGCUCGAGUCCAUCGAUAAUCCACACAUUGUGGUCGAGUACGAAUUCCUUCCGCACUCGGAUAGCGUCUUUGUUCGUGUACUCGAUUCAUCCGAUGUUCAAAUAAUACCCGACUGGUAUCGCACCCUAAUGAAGGGCGAGACCUGAGAUCUCACCCAAGAUUGCAUCUAAAACCAAUAGCAAAUAAGUGCAGCAGGAGAAGAACAAAACAAUGUCUCCGCAAGAGCAACGUUAAUUUAAUUGUAACUCUUAUUUAAUAAUUCUUUAAACACAUAAGGAUAAUAUUUAUGUAUACAAAAUACUCGCAUAACUGAGGAAGCAGCAGCGCAGAUCAUUUUC